AUGCUGUGCCAGCGACCCAUUCACUGUCACCUGUUCCUGCUGCAGCUUCUAGCGAUUCCCUACCUCCUGCUGGGAUCCCCUGUCUCGAGUCCCGAAAUAACUGGCAAGAGUUCCAAAUCGGCAAAUAGCUUGCAACAACAGCAGCAGCAGCAGCUGCAGCAACAGGAGGCGCACCUGAAUUCGCUGAGUGCCUACGCCAGUGGCUAUGACAUGGUCCAACAGCAGAACCUGGCUCCAAAUCAGCUUCAACAAAACCAGGUCUUGUCAGCACCCACGGAUCCGGCGUUCAAGCCCUCGUACAAGAUGCCCGAAAUGGAGACCAAUUUCACGCCAAUGCAAACGGGUGGAACACCGAGUGUGGCCAGUCUGCCCUCCACUCCCAUGCUGAUGCAGUAUCUGCCGGCCCAGACCAUCCAAGAUGGUUCGGGCAACGCGGUCCAGUAUCUUCAGUUAAUCCCCACCCGUCCCAUUAUUGUGCCCAUUUCUCCGUAUCUUUCUGCUGCGGCCGCUGCGGCUGGAUCUCCGGCCGGAAUCUCCGCCGGCGGACAACCGGAUUUUGGCGGACGGACAGCCGCCGUUUUAAGUGCCCUGCAGCAGCCGAACUACGGAGCUCUCCAGGGAUACGCCGCCGCCACGGGGGGUUCCAUUAAUCCCGUCGCCGGUUUCCGCAACAGCUAUCGCAUCAAUCGCGAAGCCAAGGACAAACACUACCCGCCCACAUUCUCGCUUAACCUUAACGAGUAUUUCCCGGCCUCCACGAUGGCAUUAAGUGGUGGUCACGAAGCCACCACCGGCAAUGGUCACCAUUUGUAUCUGAGGGCCAGACCUUAA